AUGAGUCAUAAAGGCCAAGUAUGGAUAAAUCUUCCACGGUUCACUGAAGAGUAUAGUAAAGGGGUCGGAAAUUUUGUCAAAAAUGCCAUGGUUAAGUAUGCAGUCGACGAUGAAUUAAAGUGUCCAUGUAGUAGAUGCAAGAGUAAGCACUGGUGGGGUCCUGAAGACGUCUAUAAUCACCUUAUCUGCAAAGGUCCUUCACUGGAGAUUGCAGAUUGGGUGUAUGAUGUCUCAAAUAUGAAUGGUGGUAGUAGUUUGGUGGAUUCUGAAGCAAAUAUGGGGUUUGACGAUGAUUUGGAAGGGAUGUUGAAUAUUACUUAUGCCAACAGGGGACCGAAUGCAGAUGCAAGGAAAUUCUAUCGCCUAGUUGAAGAUGGCAAAAAGCCCUUGUAUCCCGGUUCCAAAAAACAUUCUCGGCUAAGUUUUUUGGUUAGGAUUUACCACUGGAAAUGUCUUAGUGGAGUAACAGAGUCUGGUUUUAGUGGAUUAUUAGAAAUAUUAAAAGAGGCAUUUCCUGAAAUUGAGGUACCUAGUUCUUUUUUUGCUGCUAAGAAAGUUAUUAGGGAUUUAGGUCUAGACUACGAGAAAAUACAUGCAUGUCCAAAUGACUGCAUGAUUUACUGGGGUAAAAAUAAGGAUUUAGUUUCUUGUACAAGCUGUGGUGUCUCAAGGUGGAGUGAUAAGCAAGAAGAAAAUAAAAAGAACAAAAUUCCAGCAAAAGUUAUGAGAUAUUUUCCUUUAAAACCAAGGCUGCAGCGACUGUACAUGUGUGAAGAAAUCUCAAAGCUAAUGUUGUGGCAUGCAGUAGAUCGAAAGAAAGACGGAAAAUUGCGGCAUCCGGCAGAUGGUAUAUCUUGGAAGACGAUGGAUGCUAAAUAUCCAAUGUUUUCAUCCGAAAAUCGUAAUGUCAGAUUAGGUUUAGCUUCCGACGGGUUCAAUCCCUUUCGUACAAUGAGCCUUAGUCAUAGCACGUGGCCAAUUAUCCUAGUCAACUAUAACCUGCCUCCAUGGCUCAACAUGAAACCUGAAAAUCUAAUUUUGUCCACACUUAUACCAGGUCCCAAUGAUCCCGGAAAUAAUAUUGAUGUUUAUAUGCAACCUCUGAUUGAGGAGUUGAAAGAGUUAUGGGAUGUAGGUGUAGAAACUUACGACGCUUCGAGGAAUCAGAAUUUUAUGCUAAGGGCAUCAGUUUUGUGGACGAUCAGCGAUUUUCCCGGUUAUGGCAUGUUGUCAGGUUGGAGUACCAAGGGGUACCUUGCAUGUCCUAUCUGUAGUUACGAGACAUCGUCGAUGUAUUUGAAGAAUAGCAGAAAAAUGUGCUAUAUGAAUCAUCGACGAUUCUUGGAUUCAAAUCAUAAAUGGAGGUCAGACAAAAGGCGGUUUAAUGGUCAAGUUGAGGUUGGCCAAGCCCCACCAGUUAUAUCAGGAAGCAUGAUCAAGAAGUUGUUGGCAGGUUAUCAGAAUAAAUUCGGUAAAGUGCACGGGAAACGGAAAGUCAGCUGCGAUGUCAAUCCUUGGAACAAGAAGUCAAUCUUUUUUGACUUACCAUAUUGGAGUGAAAAUUCAAUAAGGCAUAACCUUGAUGUUAUGCAUAUUGAAAAGAAUCUAUGUGAUAGUAUUUUAGGUACAUUGUUAAAUAUUCCUGGUAAAACUAAAGAUCAUUUAAAUGCACGAUUAGAUUUGCAAGAACUCGGAAUUAGAAAGGUCCUUCAUCCUAUCACCUCUACUGAUGGAAAGCAUCUCGAGAUCAGGGCAGCAAAUUUUGACAUGACAAACAAAGAGAAGGAUAUAUUUUGUUCAGUAUUUGAAAAUGCAAAGUUUCCGUACGGGUUUGCUUCUAAUAUUAGCAAAUGUGUCCAAGAUAGAAAGAUUGUCGGGUACAAGAGUCACGAUGCACAUAUUAUUAUGCAAUACUUACUAGAAAUUGCUGUUAAAAAGGCACUGAAGCCCGAGGUUGCAGUUCCGUUAAUUAGACUCGGUGAAUUUCUUCGGAAAAUAUGUUCCAAGGUAAUUGAGGUGGAGGAUAUAAAGAAACUUCAGCAGGAUAUUAUUUAA